AUGGCCUCCUCCGAGUGGCCCGAGCCUGGGCUGUUGCGUUACCUAGCAGACUACCAGGUCGUCAUCUGCACCGAGUGCCGCUACGCCAUCCAGCCCAAGGCGGUGGCCCGACACUUCAAGGACAUCCACCACAUGUGCUGCAACGCCCGCCGCGGCCUGGUUGAGUACGCAGCCGGCCUGCAGCUCGCGGACACCGGCGCCGUGCUCUUCCCGCUGCCCGACCACGCGCCGAUCCCGCUGCUGCCCACCGAGCAGGGCCUCGCCUGCGAGCACGCCGGCUGCUUCCACCUCUGCGUCACGGCGAAGCGCAUGAAGAGCCACUGGGCGGCCGCGCACAGCGCCAGCGACGGCGGCAACACUAGCCCGCACUGGCGCCCCGUGACCCUGCAGACCUUCUUCCGCGGCAACCAGCUGCGGUACUUUGUCGUGGCCGCCCCAGCCUCCGAAACGCCCCCCGGCCACAAGUACCCGCUCGAAGACAUCGCGCUGCCGCCGAGCUGGACCUCCAGCGACCUGGCGCUGUUCAUCCACUUCACGCAGGACACGUACCAGACGCUCGGCCGCAGCGCGCAGAGCAAGCGCGUCUGGCGCGCCGCCGUCCCGGCCCUCGCCCUCGGCCACGACGUCCUCAAGCAGGGCGUGCUGGCCUGCGCCGCGCUGCACAUCGCACAUCUUCAGCCCACGCUGCGCCGCGGCUACGUCGUGCUGGCCGCGCGGCACCACGCGCGCGCCUUGGCAGGAUGCCGCGCCCUGCUUGCCGGGCCCAGCACCGCCCUGUCGGCCACGACGCGCGACGCGCUGCUGGCGUCCGCCCACCUGCUCGCCGUUUACUGCUUC